GUGAGGUAACAAAAUACGUAGAUCCUCUUCUUUAUUUUUUUAGUUUUUAUACCUUUUCUUUCUUUCUUUCUUUCUUUCUUGUACAUAAGAUAUGGCACAUCGUUCAAUUUGGUGGAUAUUGUUUUUAUUUCCAUGUAUUGUAUCAGCAUCACUAUUAGUGCCUCUGUCAGUGACAUUUCAACACCAUAAAACGUGUGUGGAUAUAGAAAAUCAUGAAAAUCAAUGUGCUUUUGUAACUGCAGCUUGUCAUGGCUUUAGUGGAGUAUUUCUAAAAUUUUAUUACUGCACUCAGAUUUGGCGUCCAUUGAGUGUUCUUAUUCUUUUUUCUGGAUUAUUCUUUUUAUUUGGUGCAGUUAGUGUAGUAGCCGCAGAUUUCUUUUGCCCAAAUCUUCAAACGAUAUCAUCAAGAUUACAGUUAUCUGAAAGCAUGGCCGGUGUAACAAUUCUUGCAUUUGGUAAUGGAAGUCCUGAUCUAUUCAGUACAUUUACUGCUAUGGAUACAGGAUCAGGCUCAUUGGCUGUUGGAGAACUUAUUGGUGCAGCAUUUUUUAUUGUGUCCGUUGUAUCGGGCUGCAUGGGAAUCAUUCGUCCAUUUCAAUCAAAACGUAUAACUUUUAUGCGAGAUGCAACAUUUCUUACAGGUGCCAUUAUGAUAUUAACUUGGAUUGUAUAUCAUCAGCGUAUUUAUUGGUAUCAUGGCGUCAUAUUAAUUUGCUAUUAUUUUACUUAUGUUGGUGUGGUAGUGUUGGGUGCAUAUUCAGGAGCAAUAGCUACAAUAACAUCAGCAGUACCAAAGUCUAUUGUAGAACAACAACAGCAUGACUUGUUAACAGAGACAUCAGCACUUUUACAAGAGACUCAAGUUGAUAAUAGAACUCCUCAUUUAGAUAUUCCACAAACUCAUGAAUUUCAAUCUCAAGAUCAUCUUGGACAUAUUAUUCGACCCAUUUCGUCUAGUUCAUCCUAUCGAUCUUGUAGAUCAUCGUUACAUACUGAUUUUCCACAUGCAACGAGUACAAAUGGUUCAAUCUCAUCUCGUUUAUAUAGGCAUUCAUUAUCUCCACGAGUUGGCAUGAGAACAUCACUUUUCAGUGCAAUUGAGUUUCAAGAACAAGUAGCUAGUAUAAAACGAGCAAAUAGUAGUACUCAACUCUAUACAGAUAAGAGACAUCAUUCAAGAUUUACACACACAUCGGUUCCUUGUUUAUCUAUUACAAGAGAACAAGAGAAUGUAGAUCAUUCUUCAUCUGCCGCUCAUCCUAUUUCUAGAACCCCUGAAAGUUCAUAUAGUCCUACAGGCACUCAUGAUUAUUUUGCAUAUAUCUCUACCAGUCAGCAGAAUCAUUUAUUAUCUCCUGUACUAGUUCAUCCUACAGCUGAUGAUUUACUCGUCCCUGAAAUAAGACUUGCCCCACCUAAUCAAGAAGACAAUCAUCAUCAUGAAUCUUGUUUUCCUCUUCCAAAACAGCAAAAUAGUUAUUAUUCAAAAUUAAAGAAUUCUAUGGCUUUCUCUAUUUUACUAGAUGAUAUUCGUUGUAUUUUAUUCCCGACAUUACAAGACUGGAAUUCGAAAACGACUUUUGCAAAAUUAAGCGCCCUAGUAGCUCUUCCUCUCGUGCUUAUCUUUACUUUGACAUUACCUGUUGUAGAAGAAACAAAUAUAAAGAUUGAUGAUAUUGAAGUGAUAGCAGAAGAAUCCGAUACAACACCACAGGUUCUUGUUGUACCUUCACCUAUCCUUCCUACCUCUAAGAGUUAUUUAACUGUACCAGAACAUAGUUUAUCUGAAGAAGAUUUUCUUAUAGAAGAAGAGAUCUCUCAGACGAGUUGGUGUCGUUGGCUAGUAGCUAUACAAGCCAUAUGCGCAAUCACAUUUGUGACAUCUGUCUUGGCAUUAAACGGGUUUAUAAACAUUAAAUUUAUCUUUCUGGGAUUCUUAAUUGGAUGCCUACUAUCUAUUUUUAUAUUUUAUAAAACAAAAGUGGAUGAAGCACCUAAAUGGUAUUGGACGUUAUCAAUUGUAGGAUUUUAUAUUGCACUGAAUUGGAUUUUUUUAUUAGCAAAUGAAAUGGUUGGAUUAUUACAAGCCUUGGGUGCUAUAUUUAACGUUAGUGAAGCUAUUAUGGGUUUAACUAUCUUUGCGCUGGGUAACAGUGUAGGUGACUUGGUAGCUAAUACCGCUAUUGCCAAAAUGGGAUUCCCUACAAUGGCUAUAUCUGCUUGUUAUGCAGGGCCCUUACUAAAUAUGGUACUUGGCAUUGGGAUUUCAUCUACAUAUCAAACAUGGAUAACAGGGAAACCUUAUGAAUUAGAUAUUGCACCUAGCAUUUUAAUUUCUUGUGCAGGCUUAAUUGCUGUUCUAAUAAGUACUUUAUUAGUAGUUAAUAUAAAUGGAUAUCAUAUUACAAAACAUUUAGGUUGGUGGAUGAUCAUUGUUUAUUCAACUUGCACUAUAUUUAAUUUAUUACUGGAAUUUCACACUUUUUAAACAAAAGAUAAAUAAAUAUUUAUUAUAAUUUAUGCAAAUAUUUCCUUUUUUUUUCUUCUUCUUCUUUAACAU